AAAAUUUGACAGAUAUAGAGGAGCUUGAUAUAAAAAAGAAAUUCAUUGAUGCUGAUAGUAUAAUAAAAAAAACAACAUUAAAAUCUUUAUCUACUCUUCAAAAUAAAGAUUAUAGCGAUGUACAAGAAAUACGGCAUUUUAAAGAUCUACUUCAUUCAGAUUCAAUCUUUGAAGCUCCAUCUCAUAUUAUUGAUUUAGCAA